AACGGUUACAUCCUCGCGUCCAGCAGAAACACAUCAACAAUAAAUGCUAACAGGAAUAGACCUGUAAAAAUUAUACGCAUAUACAAUAGACGUCUUGACAACAUAAGUAAAGACAGUAAUUCUAUAAAGUGAAGUGAACAAAUUUUUUUUUAUUUGAAUAAAAUUGUCAUUUAUAUUAUUUAAUAAAAAGUAUUACAAAAUGACUGCUACUGCUUCUAAAUCUAAAGCAUUACAUGUUCAAGAAGAGGAGGAGAUUGAUGAUGAGAAUGCUCAAGCUAAAUUAAUUUCAUGUUUGGAGGGUAAUGGAAUUACUGCUGGUGACAUUGCUAAGCUGAAAGAAGCUGGCUAUUAUACAGUUGAAGAAAUUGCAUUCACGCCAAAGAAGAACUUAUUAACCAUAAAAGGUAUCAGCGAGGCCAAAGCUGAUAAAAUCCUUCAAGAAGCAUCCAAAUUAAUGGUUAUGGGAUUCAAAAGUGCCACUGAAAUUCAUCAAAUCCGAUCAAAUAUUCUUUACAUCUCAACUGGAUCAACCGAGCUUGAUAGAUUGCUUGGAGGAGGCAUUGAAACUGGCUCCAUAACUGAAAUAUUUGGAGAAUUCCGUACUGGUAAAACUCAACUGGCUCACACAUUAGCAGUCAAUUGUCAAUUACCCGUAGAUAUGGGUGGUGCAGAAGGCAAGUGUCUAUAUAUUGAUACCGAGGGAACCUUCAGAACAUCUCGUCUGAUAGCAGUUGCUGAAAAAUUCAAAAUAGCACCAGAAAAUGUCCUCGACAACGUAGCUUGCGCUAGAGCUUACAAUACCGAUCAUCAGACUCAACUAUUGGUGAUGGCUAGUGCUAUGAUGACUGAGUCCGUAGUGACGGUACUGCUGCCUUUUUCUUUUAUCCAGUGA